AUGAGCGUUGACGCGUAUGGGCCCAGCUCUCAAACACUCACGUUUUUGGACACCGAAGAUGCUGAUUUGAUAGGGGCCGAUACUCAGGGCUCCGAAUGCGAUUUCACGGAUUUCACGAUACCAUCACAGACGCAGGCGUCCCAGCACGAUCAUGCGGGACCCAAAGUUUCAGGGGUACAGAUUAAUAACAAUAUUGUCACAAAAAUAGCCACAGCAACUACAGCUCUGAGUGAGUUGCAGUUUGAAGAAGAUGAUGAAGAAGGUUAUUUCAAUGGAAAAGAGUUGCCAGACUAUGCCUGCAAGUAUUGUGGCAUCCAUGAACCAAACUGUGUGGUAAUGUGUAAUUUGUGCAAGAAAUGGUUUUGCAAUGGAAGGGGUAACACCUCAGGAAGCCAUAUAAUCAAUCAUUUGGUUAGAGCCAAACAUAAGGAAGUCACUUUACAUAAGGAUGGUCCAUUGGGUGAGACUAUUUUGGAGUGUUACAGUUGUGGAGUCAGAAAUGUUUUUGUGUUGGGUUUCAUACCAGCAAAAGCAGAUUCUGUUGUUGUUUUGUUGUGCAGGCAACCAUGUGCAGCACAAAAUUCCCUCAAGGACAUGAAUUGGGAUCAGGACCAAUGGAAACCCCUGAUUGCUGAUCGUUGUUUUCUGACGUGGCUGGUGAAAAUUCCUUCUGAGCAGGAACAGUUGCGUGCCAGACAAAUUUCCGCUCAGCAAAUCAAUAAGCUAGAAGAACUGUGGAAGGAAAACGUCGAGGCGACUUUCCAGGAUUUGGAAAAACCCGGAGUAGACGAGGAACCUCAGCAGGUCCUUUUGCGUUACGAGGACGGCUAUCAAUACCAAAACAUCUUCGGGCCGUUAGUGAAACUCGAAGCGGACUACGACAAGCGGCUGAAGGAGUCGCAGACGCAAGAAAACAUCGAAGUGCGAUGGGACGUGGGCCUCAACAAGAAGACCAUCGCCUAUUUCACCUUGGCCAAGACCGAUGGGGACAUGAAGCUGAUGCACGGGGACGAGUUGCGUUUGAGAUAUGUGGGAGAGAUGCACAAGUCGUGGGCUGGAGUGGGGCACGUUAUAAAAGUGCCGGAUAAUUACGGCGAAGAUAUCGGCAUAGAAUUGAAGAACGGCUCCGGAGCACCUAGUGAAUGUAGCAGUAAUUUCGUCGUGGAUUUCAUAUGGAAGAGUACCAGUUUCGACAGGAUGCAACUGGCCCUCCGGAAAUUCGCCGUCGACGAUACUUCGGUGUCCCCCUACAUCUACCACCGCCUUUUGGGCCACGAAGUCGAGGAGGUGCUCUUCCGCUGUCACCUGCCCAAACACUUUUCGGCGCCCAAUUUGCCCGAUCUCAACAGGUCGCAAGUAUACGCCGUGAAGCACGCUCUGCAGCGCCCUCUAUCGCUGAUUCAAGGUCCGCCUGGCACCGGCAAAACUGUCACUUCGGCCACCAUCGUGUACCAGCUGGUAAAGCAAAAUGGCGGACCUGUUUUGGUGUGCGCGCCGAGUAAUACGGCCGUGGAUCAGUUGACCGAGAAGAUACACAAGACCAAUCUGAAGGUGGUCAGGUUGUGCGCCAAAUCAAGGGAGGCCAUCGAUUCUCCCGUUAGUUUUCUCGCUCUCCACAACCAGAUCAGAAAAAUGGAGACCAACACGGAGCUGCAGAAGCUGCAGCAGCUGAAAGACGAGACUGGGGAGUUGAGUUCCGUGGACGAAAAGAGGUAUAGGAUGCUGAAGAAGAUGGCGGAAAAGGAGCUGUUGGAGGCUGCCGACGUCAUUUGUUGUACUUGUGUGGGAGCGGGGGAUCCGAGACUGGUCAGGUUAAAGUUUCAUUCGAUAUUGAUCGAUGAAAGUAUGCAAGCGACCGAGCCCGAAUGCAUGGUCCCGGUAGUUCUAGGAGUCAAACAGCUCAUUCUGGUCGGCGACCAUUGCCAAUUGGGCCCUGUGGUGAUGUGCAAGAAGGCUGCUCGAGCCGGCCUGUCGCAGAGCCUGUUCGAAAGGCUCGUCGUGCUAGGCAUCAGGCCGUUUAGGCUCGAGGUGCAAUACCGGAUGCACCCCGAAUUGUCGCGGUUCCCGUCGAAUUUCUUCUAUGAGGGCAGUUUGCAGAACGGGGUGAGCGCGGAGGAGCGAAAAUUGACGAAAAUCGAUUUUCCUUGGCCGAUCAUCGACAGACCGAUGUUUUUCCUCGUGACCCAAGGACAAGAAGAGAUCGCCGGUUCUGGUACGAGCUAUUUGAACCGAACGGAAGCCUCGAACGUUGAAAAAAUCGCUACUAGGUUCUUGCGCUCGGGCGUGAAGCCGGAACAGAUCGGCGUCAUCACCCCGUACGAAGGUCAACGGGCCUACCUCGUGCAGUACAUGCAGUACCAAGGUUCGCUGCACAGCAAGCUGUACCAGGAGAUCGAGAUAGCGAGCGUGGACGCUUUCCAAGGCCGCGAAAAGGACAUCAUCAUCAUGUCGUGCGUACGGUCGAACGAGCACCAGGGUAUCGGAUUUUUGAACGAUCCGAGACGGUUGAACGUGGCUUUGACCAGGGCCAAAUACGGGAUUAUUAUCGUCGGCAACCCCAAAGUGCUGUCAAAACAGCCGCUCUGGAAUCACCUUUUGUCCUUCUACAAGGAGCAAAAGGUGUUGUGCGAAGGCCCUUUGACCAACCUCAAAGAGUCCCUCAUCCAAUUCGCCAAACCGAAAAAGUUGAUCAACGCCGAGAACCCCGGCUCCCAUUUCAUGACCACCUCGAUGUUCGAUGCUCGCGAAGCCAUGGUGCCCGGUUCGGUGUACGAUCGCACCAAUCAGGCCAUCAACGGCCACUUCAACUAUCCCAAUAGACCAGUGCCGAUGGACAUGUUCAGCCGCACACACGAUCCCAUCAGCUACAUAUCCUCGGAGCGGGCUCAAGCCGGUCUCAAUUUGCCCGUACCCGUCGGCAUGUUUAUGAACAUGUCGCACAUCCCGCCACGGUUCUACAAUCAACAUCAGCAGGCGUUGCAGGCGCGCCAACAGCAAAAUCCGAGGGCCAGGAAACCGCCUCAGCAACAGCAACGGCACAAGGGCAAAGCCCUCAGCCAGGACCACAACACGCAGCCGUUCAGCCAGAGCGUCCAGCUGACGCAGGGCAUGUCUCAGCCGGGGCUGUCGCAGCCCGGCGGCGGCUUCAGUCUCAGCCAGCCGGGGCUGUCUCAGCCCGAGCUCAGCCAGGAUCCGUACAUGGCCGAAUACCAGUCGCAGAUGGACGGGUUGCUGUCUCAGGAUUCCACUUAUCAGGGAGAUAGGUCCGCCUUUUACCAACCGAAUGCUCAGUUCUCCCAGCCCUACUGAUCGUAGUUCGGAAGAAGAAUGACACGAAAGAAUCGCGGGAGCGGUCUUCUGAAAAUUUGCAAGUGAUUUGGAGAUCUGAUUGUCAAAUUGUCAGUAAACGCAGCAUA